UCGAUCUGGCGUCAACAAGUACAUUACCUCCAACGCCGGCAUGGGUUUCUGACUUCCCAGACACUCAGUGUAAUCCAGGCCAGGAGUCGGUCACAGUUUACUUAAACGAUGUCUACUAUUUUACUUGGCUUAGACUGAGUGUUAUUGCCUUGG